AGUGUGUUCUCGACCGCUCCGCGCGUCCGAUACCUCGUUCGACGCAUCUUGUCACCGACCACCAUGAGGAAGACGUCGUACGUCGUGACCUUCUUUGCAGUCCUCAUUUCGCUCGCCUUCACGCUGUUCUCCGCAUAUCUACCAGACUGGCUCGAAGAGACCGGUCCUGAUCUCCCCUACACGAAAGCCACCAUCCGCUAUGGCCUGCUGGAGGUCUGCGAGCGCCAGAAGGUGCAGAUCCCGGGGCCUGACGGGAGCAAAAUCGACUACACGCGGUACGAGUGCCGGCCGUGGCCUGCUCGGGUGACCGACAAGUGCGAGACGGAGAACAAGACGCUCUGCGUCGAGUGGACGAGUGCGGGGUACUUCGUUGAGCUGAGCAUCGGGUUCGCUGUGACCGCGCUCCUGGCUAUCGUGUUCGGAGUCAGUACCCAUUCACGGAGGAGGAGGAUUUGGAGGGCUGUUGCUGGUCUUGUCGCAGUACACGCCAUUCUGCAAAUCGUCGCGUUCGCACUUAUCACUGAUGCCUAUCGCAAGUCUCGUUACGCAGGAUUCGAGCACGCUCGACCUAGCACUGCCUACGUUCUCAACAUGGUCGACUGGCUGCUCUCCAUCUUCAUCGUCUUCGGCGUGGUGACCACAGGUAUUUCCGCCGACGCCGGUCAUAGAUGGGCUGCUGGAAACAGGGCGUACCAGCCGAUUCGUGGAGGAGAGUAAACUACACAGGUCAUAUAGUCGCUUAACGAACCCUUCAUGACUCGCGACGAAUACAUUGUCUCCGAUUAUUCUUUGCAUUCACUGUAUCGUCCGCACUCCAACUCCUAUUUCGCUUUCAUAUCGCCUCCACCUGUAUUAUAUAUAUUAUGCACGACUUUGCUGCCAUUAGUAUUCAAGCGUGAAGUGUUAGUCUUCCGGGUAGUCCACUUGAUCAUACAACCGAAGGGUCUCAUUCCAAUCCCUCUUUCUCCUUCUCCGGAUAGAGAAAUACUUCACUCGGCUCUCCCAACUUCCCCUCACCCUGCCCUUCUCCCUACCACCGAGCUGCGCAAAAUACGUCUCCGGAUCUUCCGGCAAUCCCAGCCUACGCGCAAGCACCAUCACCCGCUCGUACAAGUCCCUCCUUACCUCCGCAAUCUCUCGCAAUGUCCGGCCCCGAACUAGCAACAGCCGAACCAAAGCUGCAAACGCUCUGAACGCGCUCACUGCGUCCUCCAUCCACCUCAGGGUCAUCCACAUCACCGCAGGGACGACCACAGCCGUUAAGGGCGCAACGGGGAACGUGAUCACCAUGCUACCCAACCACACGCAUACCCCCGAGAUCAGCCCGUACACGAGCUUGUAUUGCGCGAUCUCGUCCCAAGUGUCCCACACCGGCCCCGUCUUGGUGAAGUUGCGCACCCCGAUGAAGGUGGUGAGCACGAUGGGGAGCCACAACAGGAGCCCGGGGAUGGAGAGCGUGAAGAGGACGAGCGACCAGCCGAGGCGGAUGGGUAUGCGCCGGAGGAUGGUGGCCCGCGAGAGCGGGCGGCGGAUGCGGUCGUCCUUGACGCCCCAUUUGGAGAGGGUGUCUUGAUAGGACUUCAAAUCCUGCCUGAGCUUCACCAACUCCCGUAUCUCCUCCCUCAUCUCGCCCUCCCCCUCACUCCCGCUCGCGGUGGUAUUCCCCUCCCCAUUCGUGCCCGGC